AUGAUUCUAUCGAGAGAGCCGAAUGUGAAUGUGACCGAUCAGAAUGGUCUGUCGGCGUUGAGUAUCGCGGCGCGUGAGGGUUAUUUUGAGAUCGCGGAGCAGCUGAUGCAGUGUGGUGCGUACGUGAACGUGUCGGAUCGGUUCGGUAAUUCGAUAUUGGCGAGUGCGGUACGAUCGGGGAAUGUGAAUAUUGUGAAGAUGUUGUUGGAUCGACAUGCGGACGUGAAUGCGAGAGAUUCGGCGAGUUUUGAGAAUCGGACAGCACUACAUUUGGCCAUUGAUAAAUCGUUUACGGAUAUGGUUUUGGUGUUGUUAGAGAAGAAACCGAAUUUGGAGUUGAAGAAUAAGGUGAAAUUGAGAUUUUUUGUUAUUAGCUGCAGACGUGGUGGGCGGGGCUUAUGA